AUGGCCUCGAUACUGUCCCGACCGCUCCAGAGGAGGCGCACCCGGACAGUCCGGACAGUCUCCCUGCCUACACCGUGGUCGAUCGCCUGCGCAGGGUGGGCGAUCCAUCUCGCGACCACCCGAUCCAUCUCCAGCACAUCGCCGACAGCAACGCAUCAUCACGCACAGGUACAUGAAACUCGGAGAUCGAUCGCAGUACCACGCUCCUCCGCAGCAUCGUGUAGGACCGCGGUGGAAUCAGCGCGGACAACGCGCAGCCUUGCUUCGGCCCGUGCGAAGGCCACCUCGUUCCAUCCACGUCAGUCGCACUCGUCCUCGAAUCGCACUGCACACUGCUGAACAUCAAACGCCUGUAUCCCAAAACAGCCCGGAUACCCUCGACGAGGAUGCUGUCGUCGAGCGCACCCUAUGCCAUGUCCGUAUCCGAGUCGAGAUCGUCAGAAUCGGCUGAGACCGCCCCCGCCGCUCCACGUACGUCCCCAUCGGAACAGGUCUCGUUGUGGCCUAAGCUCACAAGCUCAUCCAAAAAAUUCGUGCCGCAACUGUAGCCCCACUGAACGAAGCCCAGGUGCCGCUCAUUUCCCCCCACCUCCGGGCCCAGCUCUUUCCCCCUCGGCGAUCGCCCUUUACCCCUCCCCCUCCCUCCCCCGAAGCCAUCAAGACCUCCCUGAACCACCUGGUCGAGAACGGCCUCUUGAAAAACGAUCUGACCUCCACCUCGAAGCGUUCGCUCGAUCCAGCGAUCUCCUUCUCCCUCCCCGCGACCCAAGGACCGACCAUGUCGCACCACUUCCACGCCCUCGGCACAGGCACCGCCGAACCGUACCUCUCCCUCGCCCGCUCCUUUGCCGAAACGGAACUGCCCCCGAUGCCGGAAAAGGGAUCCUGGGCCUGCGUUCCUGGGUGGGCACGGUACUCGGCCGAAGACCGGUGCUGGGAGAGCGUCGAAUACCCCGACCUCGACGACCAGGCCCUCGUCUUUGACGUCGAAACCUUGCCCCACCAAUCGGGCGCGUACCCCAUCAUGGCCGUCGCCGUCGGCAAGUCGGCCUGGUACGGCUGGUGUAGCCCCUGGGUGACCGGCGAUGACCCUUCGCCUCGACAACUCAUCCCCUUCGGACCCCGCGAAGGGGAGCCAGCCCCUGCGUCGGCGGCCGACGACUUUCUUUCGUCGCGGUCCGAACUGUUCGAGCGCCCGACGUCGAAGCCGCGCCUCAUCAUCGGCCACAACGUCCUCUUUGACCGUGCGCGCGUCUCGACCGAGUACGAAUCCUUGCGUCGCCCCUCGACGCGGUACAUCGACACCCUGUCCCUCCACGUCGCCGUCAGUGGACUGACGAACCCGCAACGACCGCAGUGGAUGGCGUGGCGAUCGAACGAGAAGAAGAAGGAUGCUGCGGCGCUCGCCGCGGCGGCGGAGGCAGAGCUCGAAUGUGGGACCGUCGAGGCGGAGCAGGAAGAAGAGACGGGGACCUUGCUCGUCGCCCCACCUCGACGAGGCACGGCCGCCAAGGGCAAGAAGGGGGCGACGACGGCGAAGGACGGUCCACCGGGUCGCAAGACGUGGGAACAGGUCGCUUCGAUGAAUUCGCUCGCCGAGGUCGCCCGUCUCCACUGCGGCAUCACGAUGGACAAGACGGUGCGCAACGUUCUCAUCGACCCCGAGACGACGAUCGACGACGUGCGCUCCUCGUUCGAUGAUCUGAUCGACUAUUGCGCCCGCGACGUCGUCACGACCGCGAAAGUGUACCAAGUCCUGCUCCCCAAAUUCCUCGCGACGUGCCCCCACCCCGUCUCGUUCGCCGGCGUCCUCCUCAUGUCCCAACCCGUCCUGCCCGUCGACUCGAGAUGGCCGCAGUACAUUGAACGCGCCGAAGCGACCUACGUCGAACGCCUGACGCGCGUCAAGGAUGCGCUCAAAGCCCUCGCCGAAGAGGCACGAGCCAAGGUCGACGUCGUCGAUCCCGAAUCGGGCGAGUUCGUGUGGCAACGCGACGUCUGGUUGAGGCAGUUGGAUUGGAAUCUGAAAAAGGCGAGGCGGUUGCCCGGUCAGACGCCGUCCAGGGUCGCGAACGGUGGUGGGAAAACCGCUGUGGUGGAGCACCAAAAGCCAGAGGCGGAGGAGCACGAAGAGCUCGAUGCGACGAAUUCGCGGCCGAGGUGGUUCGACCACGUCGCGGAGAACGGGCAAGAGUCGCUCGAGAUUGGGCUGCAGUCGCCGCUCGCGGCUGCUCUACUGCGCACGACUUGGAGAGGCCACCCCGUCGUCUACUCGCAUUCGCACGGAUUUCUCUUCGUCGUACCCGACGAUGUGACCGCCUUCGAAGCGCAUUCGACCGAGACGCCCAUCGACCCCGCAGAACUCGGGCCCAAGGACGCGGCCCUCGCCCAAAUCCAAGACGUGCGCCUCUACGCCGUUCCGGGAGCCGGGAGUCGUCGCUGCCUCACGCUCUUUUCCAAGGGGGCCAUCACGCGCGUCAAGAAGAAGUUGCUCGAGUGCGAUCUGGGGGCCGACCAGCUCCUCGAAGCGCUGCGCUCGACGACGUCCGGCACGAAAGACAUCGCCGCGAUCCUCGACGCGGCCGCCCGUGUCGCGUCAACCAAGAGCGCGGAGGAGCGAUCGCAGUCGAUGUGGUUGCGCCCGUUGGACUGGACGCCCGUACCUCUUCGGCCGCAGGCAACCGGCGACUCGGCAUCGAAAACGACGAUCCGGACCACGAAGGGGACGACUCUGAUUGACGACGUUGACGAAGCUUCCUCGAGCGCGCGGGACGGCUCCUUGCUGCAGACGCUGCUGUGGCCGAAGUGGUACUGGGAGCUCGACCUCCCCGGGCUCGGACUCGAUGUCUCGGUGCGCAAACGUGCCGUUCCCUUGCUGUUGCGCCUCAAAUGGCGCGGGUUCCCGACCGUGCAUUCGAAGCAGCACGGAUGGAUCUACCGCGUGCCGCGGCAAGAGGUCGACGCGCUGAUGGCCUCGGACCGGGCGCUCAAGCCCCUCGAGUUCAAGAGUCUCGACGACACGACGCUCGCCGAAGACGCCGAAGCGACCUACUUCAAGUUGCCUCACCCCGACGGCGAGGACAAGAACGUCGGCAGUCCGCUGUCCAAGUCGUUCGUGCAGGCGUUCGAGGACAAGGUGCUGACCUCGGACUACGAGAUUGCCCAGGACGCGCUCUCGCUCAACGCUUCGUGUUCGUACUGGGCCUCGGCGAGGGAACGGAUCACGAACCAGUUCGUCGUCUGGAGGGGCCAGGCCAAUGUCGAGACGCCGACGCCUGCGCGUGUCGCCGAGGACCCGGCGCUCCGAGCCACGCAGGGGCUGAUCCUGCCCCAGGUUAUCCCCAUGGGCACCGUUACCCGUCGCGCGGUCGAACGCACGUGGUUGACGGCCUCGAACGCCAAAAAGAACCGCGUCGGGUCCGAACUCAAGUCCAUGGUCCGUGCACCUCCGGGGUACGCCAUCGUCGGCGCCGACGUCGAUUCCGAGGAGUUAUGGAUCUGCAGCGUCAUGGGCGACGCGCAAUUCGGUCUCCACGGCGCGACGGCGAUCGGGUGGAUGACGCUUGAAGGGACCAAAUCCGCGGGCACGGAUCUGCACUCCAAGACGGCGAGCAUCUUGGGCAUUUCGCGCGACGACGCCAAGGUUUUCAACUAUUCCCGCAUCUACGGUGCCGGCGUCAAGCACGCCGUGCAGUUGUUGCUCAAGGCGAAUCCGACGCUCGCGGCGGACAAGGCGACCGAACUGGCCAAGAACUUGUACGCGCAGACCAAGGGGGUCGUCGAUCGUUCCCCCGCCUUCCGGCGCAAUUUUUGGCACGGCGGGACCGAGUCCUUUGUCUUCAACAAGCUCGAAGGGAUCGCGCAGUCCGAACGCCCGCGCACGCCCGCCCUGGGCUGUGGUCUCACCGAUGCGCUGACCAAGGCCUAUCUCCCCGCCGAGGCGGGUCGUGCGAGCAAAGGUUCAGGGUUCAUGCCUUCGCGCAUCAACUGGGUCGUUCAGUCCUCUGGCGUCGACUACCUCCACCUCUUGCUCGUGGCGAUGGAGUAUCUCACCAAGCGUUACGAGAUUGACGCGCGGUACAUGAUCUCGGUACAUGACGAGAUCCGCUACCUCGUCAAGGAAGAGGACAAGUACCGCGCGGCGCUGGCGUUGCAGGUCGCGAACCUGUGGACGCGGUCGCUGUUUGCGUACCGGUUGCAGAUGCCCGAUCUGCCUCAGGUCAGUACUGCCGCGGUUUUUAUGGAGUACCCAGACCUAUCAAUACUGUGCUGAUGCGUCAGCGCACUCUCUCGCAGGGCUGUGCCUUUUUCUCUGCCGUCGACGUCGACACGUGCUUCCGCAAGGAAGUCAACAUGACCUGCAUCACCCCUUCGAACCCAGAUGCGAUUCCCUUCGGCGAGUCGCUCGACAUAUCCGCGACCCUCUCGAGCACCCACGGGGGUUCGCUGUACGCCGACGGACGCCCCAUGACGCAAGAAGAAGAAGCUCGCUUGCCGCGGUGGGUGUUGGGGAGGGAGUUGCCAGAGGAAGAUUGGAAGGGGGAGGUGCACCGCGUCGAUCAGAUCGGGUUUCUGGUCGCUCAGACGACCAAGGACUCUAAUCGCAUUACGCAGUUGUGGAAGACGACCGCCGCGGGACAGCAUAUCUCGUCGCCGUCGACGAGGGGCGCAGCAAAGCGGGCCACGCCGAACGCAACGAUCGAUCGGGAGGCGUGGAUGCGCGAGGUCCAUGACGAAGCGAUGAAGGAGGCGAUAGGUUCGAGCAAGUCUGCAGGAAGGAACAGUGUCGUGGAGAAAGACGAGGAGGACUACUACGAUGAGAUCCCAGAAGACGUCGAGCGCGAGUUUUCGACCUAUCGACCGGCGACGAGGAUUAGUGUUUGA